AUGCUUUAGAGAUUCUGUUAGCUUCCCCUCGGACUCCAAGCUUACAAUGUUUAUUUUUUUUAAUAAAUCAUUAGAAGAACAGAAGAAAAAGGCAAAGCAGCUUAAUUUUUCAUUAUCCCCAAGUUAAAACCUCAAACCUCCACUUCUGUUACCUUCAGUGCUUUUAGGUGGGACUGUCUUAAUGAAGACUGUUUAAGGGUGGAAGGCCAGUGAGGGAUCAUUAGCUUUUUGCUGAACUACGUUGGUCAGGGCAUUAUUUCCCGGGUUUUCAUCUGAUGAAGAUGGUGUGAGAGCAUGAUUCAGGGUUUUUAAUGUAGGGAGGAGUGCUUGGUGACUCAAAGAACACUCCAUCACUCUGUGGAUUGAAAAUAAGCCGUAUAUUAUAAUAAUUGUGAGCGAGUGUACCUGAACAUGCAGAGACAAAAUGACUGUGUUGACGACGUGAAGCAAGUGUUGCUUGUCCAGCUAAUAGAACGCAGAGCCUCAUAAGGUGACGCACACACUCCUGUGUCCUGUCCUCGUUCUGACUAAAAAGGCCGGGACGGACUAACCAGGUGGAAGAAAUGUCCCCCCUGUCCCUUACCCUCCCCACCGGCUGGAGCGUGUGCUCUGCUCUCUGUAUCCUCAUCCUGUUUCUCCCAGAGGCCCGAGCAAACAGCCUGAACAUGACCAAUCAGCGCAAUGGAGGGGGAUCCCAGUGCGGGGAGUACACUAACCAGCAGGUGAUGGAGGAUGGGAUGUGCCGACUGGUGGCCACACUGCCUCAGCUGGAGGGACAGAAGUGUCCGGACAUGUUUCGCUGCACAGAUGAGGUCUCCUUCUGGCUGCAUGAGAACGAGGAGAGGAAGCAGCAGAUUGUGACGCUGAAGGAGACAAUCUCUGAGCUGCAGGAGGAGCUGAGGAACCACCGGCACCGCAUCAGAGUCCUUGAGCUUCAGGGUGGAGAGAGGAACCCCACAAAUUCCUCCUUAGAGGAGCGUUUUCACGAGUUGGAGCAUCACUAUUCUGAAGCCAACACCCUGCUGCACCUACAGGGCACUCUGAUCCUAGACCUCCAGAACCAGAUGCAUAAUCUGACACUUUUGGUGGAUGAUGUUAAAAAAAGCCCUGGGUGCUUGGUCAACAUGGUCCGCCCCAACCCGCUCAUGAGUGCUCAACAAGCUCCUCACACAGAAUAUCAGCAUGUGAGAAACUGUCCAAUAGACUGUGCUUCCAUCUACUACAAUGGAGUGAGGAGAUCAGGGCUCUACACAGUAGUGCCAUUCCUAGCCGGCGUACCUGUGCAGGUCUAUUGUGAUAUGGACACAGAUGGUGGGGGCUGGACUGUGAUCCAGCGGCGCAUUGACGGCUCAUUGAGCUUUGACCGCAGCUGGAGAGACUACAGGGAUGGUUUUGGUGACCUGCACUCAGAGUUCUGGCUGGGCAACAACCACAUACAUGACCUCAGCACCCAGGGAGACUACAGCCUCCGCAUCGACCUGGAGGACUGGAGCAACAGACACAAACAUGCCCUCUACCAGAGCUUCAGUGUUGAAGAUGAGGAGCAUCUGUACCGUCUCCAUGUGUCAGGCUUCAGCGGGACAGUGCAGGACUCUUUCAGCUGGUACCACGACAAGCAGGGCUUCAGCACCCCCGACAGUGGCAACAUCUGUGCUGAGAUCUCCCACGGAGGCUGGUGGUACAACCAGUGCUUCUACGCCAACCUUAAUGGUGUCUACUACAGGGGAGGCCUUUACACCCCGAGAGGCCGGGGGCCGCUGGGUCCUGAUGGGAUCGUUUGGUACUCCUGGAAAGACUCAGACUAUUACUCCCUACGCAAAGUCAGCAUGAUGAUCCGACCUCACUCUUUCAGAGCACGUUUGUCACCAUGACCCAGCAUGGCUAUGACAACAGUGAGGGCAGAAGCCGGAAGUAAUGACUGCAGAGCCAUCUCACCAGGGUCGUUUUAUUGACAGAGCUAAUCAUGAAGGAACUGAACGCCACUCCUGUCAACAAGGACCUCUCUUCUGCUACUUUUGAACUACUUUACCUACAGAUCUUGCUGUAUAUCCUCCAAACUGAUUUUCUGCUGCGUAUUUUUGAACACACAAACCUUAUACUGUGGAGUUCUGUAAUGUACCUGGACAUUUCUCAUUGAGUCAACGUGGAGUGAGUUCUUCCUUAUUUUCUACUUCUAUUUUGUACCUUAGUUUGAUACUUUAACACUUGACAAACUCUUAUCCAUACAGAUUAACAUUGUACAUUUGUAUGAUGUGUUGACAGAAGAGGUAUGUGCAACUGGCAAGAAGAACAUGGUUAUUGAAGGAUCUGCAGUUUUAUGAUUAUCCAACUAUAUUCAUUUAAAAUUGCAGCCAACUAUAAGCUUUAUCUAUUGUGUAAACUGUUGUGGACUAAAAAGGGUUUGAAUACUAUAACAGGUGAUUAUUAUAUUAGAUAUAAUAACCCUUUGAUUUGAUAAGUGCUACUGUCUAACAGUAUAGAGUCAGGCACAGAAGAUGUAUGAGGACUGUGUAUACACACUGUAUUGAUGGUACAAUAAA